ACAAAAUUCCUUUGAUUUGACAUUUAUAUAAAACAAUCUUUCUAAAAGUAACAUAUAUUGCCUUUAAAAUGCUGAAGGCUGCUUUAAUUUAAAAACAAAUAUGUUGGAUAAAAAUAAGUUGUUUAUCUACCAUACCAAAACAGACAAAGGCUUAGUGAUAAAUGUCAUCCCAAUAUAGCUGAAUCAGUCUCAGUAUCUUAUUGUAUAUUUUUGCUUGUUAAAGUGAUGCGCUUUAUAAGGACUAGGGUCAACCUGACUUAACUGGAUAUUUUGAACAAAUAAAAUUUCGCAAUAUUCUAAAAUAUGACAAUUUAUCAUCAAUUUAUUCAAAUUAGCUAUUUAAUGAAAUAAUUAAACUCUUGAAACAGAUGUUGUUGUUUAUCAAACUCGAGCGCAUCUCUAUAUUAUGUGUGAAAGAUUAGUUAAUAUCUAUAUCUUUAACCGAGACGCAGUUAUUGUCUUAACUUCUAUAUUUGGAUUUUGACAAUGUUUUCGUCAGCAGUGUUUGUCGCACUCUUCACUGUUAUAAUCAGUGUUGAAACAUCUUACGCGAUUCUAUGCUCAUCCGAGCGGCCACCAUGUCCGGAUGGAUUUUUCUGCAUGAAUAUAUCGUGCGAAAAUGUUGACAUAGGGAGAUGCACAGACAUUGACGAGUGUGAAAGCAAUCCAUGCCAAAAUGGUGGCACGUGUAAUAACUUGGUGGCAAAUUACACGUGCACAUGUCCUGAUCUGUGGGAGGGAUAUAACUGCGAGGUUUUUGCAGUAAACCCGACUGAUUGCUUUGACCUGCUCAAUGCAGGAGUAAAUACGAGCGGGAUUUACCCAAUAUAUCUCUGGUCAACUAAUACAAUGUUAGAAGUGUACUGUGACAUGGAGACCGAUGGUGGGGGAUGGACAGUUUUCCAAAACCGUUUUGAUGGCAGUCUUGAUUUCAAUAGAUCUUUCGCUGACUACGAAAAUGGUUUUGGAGUCAUUGGUAAUGAGUUUUGGCUCGGUUUAAAGUUUGUACAAGAGAUAGCGGCUCAAAGUCAGACAAAAUUAAGCAUUCAUCUGACUGACGUAAACGAUGUUCUCUACUAUAGGGAGUAUAUGGAUUUCUCCUUGACAACAUCGCUGUAUGUCCUAAACAUCGGAACAGCAAGCGGAACUCCUCUUAUUAAUACUUUUCAAACAUUAGGUUACAGCAAUGGUAUGGCAUUUACUACCUAUGACUCCGACAAUGACCUACACCUCUCAAAUUGUGCUAAUUCUGGAUCAGGGUGGUGGCAUAGAUCUUGCUUCAGGGUUAAUCUCAAUGGAAUAUAUGGAACUCCAGGACAGUUCAAUUCUGGCUAUGGAUUUGUACUUGGGAUUGUACAUUCAGGCUUUAAUUGGUGGCUCGGGUUUGAAACAUCAGUGAUGAUGAUUCGACGAGUUUAAUUGCACUGAAAAAGAGCAAAUUUACGAAAUGUAUGCGAAUGACCAUGCAGUGAUAUGCUAUGACGUCAUUGUUAAUUCUUUUAAACAAUAAAAUAUAUAGAAUGUGCGCUUGCAGUGCUGAGUAAAUUGAAUAAAGUUAUUAAAUAAAACA